AAUGUCAAGUACUUUGAAGUGAGAGAAAAUUAUUUUUUUAACGUUCAUAUCAGUUUGAAUUUUUCUAUAUGUUUGCGGAAAACACGUGGUACCAUUGUUACGGAAAUUUGAAGGAAUCAAUGGAAUAAUUUUUCGCUACGAGAAUGAUUCAUUUGGACGAGAACUUUAUUUUUUGUUUAUAACAACAUUAUUGGACACCAUUUUUAUAAAGGAAAGUGACUGAAUUAAACUUUGAAAAAUAUAUGCUAAGCAUCUGUUACAAAAAUAAUUUAAUCUUUCACAAGCCAUCGGGAUUACAGCACAGCCAUUGUACAAUCAGUAUGCAAUUCUUAUCAAGCAGUCAAUGAAGAUCCCGUUAAAUCAUAAUUAUCGAAACAUUGUAAAAUAUACGCAAUGAAAACCGAUCAAAACAUGGAAGGUGGUCCAGGCGAUCAGUCAAAUCAUUCAUCAGGAAUCGAGCAUCGCUUGCGAAGUCCAAAAUGUGCAAGAUGUCGAAACCAUGGCGUAAUAUCCGGUUUAAAGGGUCACAAAAGGUCCUGCGCGUGGAAGGAUUGUCGAUGCGCAUGCUGCCUCCUGGUGGUAGAACGUCAACGCGUAAUGGCAGCCCAGGUUGCCUUAAGACGUCAACAGCAGGCACACGGAAAUUACGCGAACGAGACAUUCACAGGUAGCGGGAGUUUAUCGGCGGAGGUCGAUCAAACAGUUUCCGGAAAUCAGCAAAGAGCAGCUUUGGCUUAUCAGCGACGAUUACGUAAUCUACAACGUCACCAGCUGCAAUUCACACAGACCCGAAUAAGCGUGACGCAAAAUUUUCAAAGUCUCAAUUCCGUUCACGGAAUAAGAACCGCUGCAGUCGUCCCUGCUGCACAUUUUUUGGAUUCUCUAUCGUCAAACGAACGCCAACGGAAAAGACAUUCGUUUGCAGACACCUCGUUCGACCUGCAAUCUUUUUAUCCUACCUAUACAAGAAUUCCCUGGUACUCAUGUCCUACAGGAACAACCAGCAGUACGAAUUUUGGUGAAAUCGCUUACGCUACUACUCCUGAAGCCCAAGAGAAUUCAAGCAAUCAGAGAAAUCUUUGUUCGGAGAAAAAACCUUCUAUAUCCUUUAGCGUUGAAUCGAUUAUCGGUUCCAAGUGACAUAAUUUUUCUGAAUUUCAUUAUGUAAAUAUAUAAUUGAGUUUAAAUAUUAUGAACUGUUUUUAUUAUCACAGUGAAAUACUUUAUGUAUUGUCGCUCUGUGAAAAGGAUUACAUUAAUUGAUCAAGUGACCAAUGGUAAUUUCAAAAUUAUCUUUGAUACUAUACUUUUGUUUCGAUAACUCAUUUUCAUCUAUCAAUCAUUAAUGAGAUUGUAUGACUUCUACAGUAGUGUGAAGAAUACAAAUGUAUGAUAGAUAUGCACACGUGUGUUUUAGAAAUAUGAAUUAAUGAAUUCAUUUGUAAAUUAUUAAUCGGAUAUAUAUAUAAGUAUAUAGUAUGGUAAGUUCUACAAGCUAUUUUCGCUAACGUUCUAUUUAGAACAAUUAAAUGAGCUAAUUGAAAGCUCUUUGAUUUACGUAUGUUAUUUGGAAAAGACGAGUUUUUCAUGUUUUUGAGUCUUUUUAUUUUUCAUAAAAUCCAUGACCUUGCACGCAUUAAAAUAUUCGUAUCAACGAAUAUUUAUCAAUGGUAUAUCAUAAACUUAAUUCAGUAAAUUGGGACUAGAAACUUGGAGUUGUUGCCAUUGUUGAAGGAAAGAAAGUCUCAGAAACUUUUAUUGCAUUAAAUGCAUGAAGGAGAUAUUAGUAAAGAGGACCGAGUCUGGAUGAGAUGGUCCGAGAUGGAUUUUGUGUCUGACGACUAGUAAGCACAGUGGGCAUAGGAGAUAUGCUGGAACCAUUAUAGAAGUUCCAGAGGCGAUUGAAAUGCCAUACAGUUCGUUUCAGAGACUGGAUACAGACAGAGGCUGGAUCUCUUUACCCAAUAUCUCUUUAAUGCUAAAUAUAACGGUUAUUGUUAUAAAUACUCGACCACUAUUGGCAAAAUCACAAAUUGCACAAUAAUAAAAUAUUACCUUGAUCAAGACUAUUGCAAUUAUUCAAUAAUAAUUGAAAAUUAAAUUAACUGUCAUUAGCCAUUUGAGAAUGCGCUAUAUAGACACUUGUACACCAUGGUGUUCAUUAUUGCGCAAUUAACACGGUGAUAAACUCGUUUAGUACAAAAACAGUAACAAUAAUAUAUUAGCGACCAAAAAUAGUCGUAGUGGUUCGAUGGAAACGAUAAACGAAACUUGAAUUUAUAUUACAUUAUAUGAAUUAAAAAUAAUAUAGUUAGAUUUAAUUUCUAAUGACGAUUGCAGGAGAAAAUAAAGUAAAUUCAAAGUGAUUGCACUCUACUAUAAAUAGAUAACAUUGUUAAUUAAAUUAAUAAUAAAAUCUCAGAGGCAUAGCAUGAAUAAAAUGAAAAUUCUAGAAA